UGGACCUCAUCAUAAGCCUCCCAACGCCCCUUUGGCCUCAUCAUAAUGCUGCCAACGCCCUCCUUAGUAUUACAAAAGGAAAUAAACCAACGCUCUCCAAUGGCAACUAAGCACCGCCCCCUCUUAACUGUAUCCUUCUCAACGCCCCUCUAGGGCUCCCCAACGCCCCCUGGGGAGCUGUAGAGCCCCCGUUGAGAAACACUACUGUACGGCUUCAUAGAGCUUUCCUGAGAAGGCCACAGUGCUGAGGCAGCCGAAAACAACCCCAGCCCCAAUGCACAAUGGCCAGCGGCCGUGUCCCCCGUGUGACAAUGGCAUUCCGAAACAACCAGGGAACACAAACAAAGGCCCCUGUUUUCCAGAAGCUCUGUGCGCCAUAAAGAGGCAGGUACUGGGAGGCAAAACCGUUUAGCUGAUCGCUGGGCAGAGCCGGGCUUUACUGUGAGCAAUGUACACUGGUGAGUAGUUUACCAUCACUACCACCGCCGCCACCAUCAGUAACACCACCUCCAUCUCCAGUGUCACUGCUGCGCAACCAGCCAUGCCUCUCGUGCGACGCCGAUCCUCCCUCCUGGGACAGACCGCCGCCGACCGCCUCGGCGCCGGAGUGACCAGGGCCACCAUGGGCGUCACCGGAGCUCCGCGGGGUGUGUUUGUGACCUCCUCCCCCGGCGGCGCCGACAUCGCCAGCUCCCUGGGGGCGCGCGUGUCCCGCCGGGCCCUGGGCAUCAGCAGCGUGUUCCUGCAGGGCCUGAGGAGCACCAGCGUCCCCGUGGUGCCCCAGCCCGGCGACAGGGGCCACCAGUCCAGCUUCGACACCCUCAACGUCUGCCUGCUGGAGUACCGCGACAAGGUGCGCGCCCUGGAGCAGCUGAACCAGCAGCUGGAGGAGCAGAUCAGGCACUGCCUGGACCGCAAGGCCUCCAGCGCCGAGGCCUGGGCCGCCCUCAGGGGGGACUGGGAGGACGUCUCUACGCAGGUGACAGAGGCCAUCUUGGAUAACGCCCGCCUCAUGCUACAGGCCGAGAAUAUGCAGGCCAAUGGCGAGGACUUCAAAGAAAGGUAUGAAAAUGAACAGCCCUUCCGCAAAGCAGUGGAAGAGGAAAUCAGCUCUCUGUACAAAGUGAUAGACGAUGCUAAUCUGACACGAGUGGACCUGGAACUCCAGAUUGAAUCUAUGAAGGCUGAGCUGAGUGAUCUGGCCAGAAACCAUGAAGAGGAUGUGAGGAUGCUGUAUAACCAGAUGGCCGGCCGUGAGGUGGAUGAACCCGACGCUCCCAUAGAGACCAACCUGGAGCAGAUUCUCGCCUACAUCCGCUCCCACUGGGAGAAGAUCAUCGAGAGGAACCGGGCUGAGACCGACGCCUACCAAGACUGCAAGCAGGCCACCACCCUGGGCAGUGAGCUGAGCCGAGAGGAGAGAGAGCUGGAGAGACUGAAGACUGAGUGCAACGACGCCGCCUGCAAGAUCCAGAGCCUCCAGGCCGAGACUGAAUCCAUGAGAGCGCUGAAACGAGGCCUGGAGAACUCCAUGACUGAUGCCAAGCACUGGCACGACAUCGAGCUCCAGAACCUGGCCUCCGUCAUCGGGAAGCUGGAGUCCGAGCUUACCGAGGUCAAGUCCGACAUCGAGCGCCAGCGCCAUGACUACGAGACGCUGCUUAGCAACAAGAUGAAGCUCGAGCAGGAGAUCAGGUCCUACCACGGCAUUCUGGAUGGUGAAGAGUGCAGAUACAACCCAGGAAGGUAUGCUGGGGGCUCCUGUGAUCCUGAGGGUGGAUCAGCACCCGCUCCUCCCCAUGACCAUCCUGAGGGCGUUUACCCUCCUGAAGGAUUUCUGCUUGAAGAUGCCAUGUAAUGUAUGCUUUACUGCAGUGAGAGAUGAUGGCAGUGGCACUGGAGAGAGAGACGACCCAAGGAUUUAAAUUGACUAUGUUCACACAUCAACAUCUGUCUGGGCCUGAGGAACACACUGCUUGCUCUUAAUUUGCCAAUGAAUUUACAAAUAAAAUCCUGAAAAGCAA